GGACAGUCGUAAAACAAAAACCAAACACGCAGGCGCACUGACACACGAUGCUAGUUUUGUAUAGAUAGAUUCUCUCUCUCUCUCUCGCACACACAGUCAAUCGCCGGAAAACCCAUUUCCGGCAGACCCCACUUCAGUUCAAAGUCUUAAAUCUCAUCUCCUUCGAUCUCUCUGUUCCCCGGCAAUAAAAAACGACUUCUCUUGUUCGUGCGCACACACAGAGUGAUAUAUGUUUCAUAUGCACACUGAAUUAACAUUGAUUUUCUUCUCCGGAAGCCUCGCGAUUCAAGAUUCAUGUAAUCCAGCUUCGCUUCCCCUUUGCAUGGCUGGGUUUUAACCUUUUACACACUAACAGACCCAGCGUAAAUAUUCCUAUACAUUCAGAUACAUAGAUAUAUACGGGGUUUGGUUAAUUUGUAGUAAAUUACAGUAAAGAUGUCAGUGUUAGAUACGGCGUUUGUGGACACCGAGCUCUCGAAGAAGACCUCGAUCUUUGGGCUGCAUCUCUGGGUCGUCAUUGGAAUAGUCGUCGGAGCAGUGAUUGUGCUCAUCCUCUUCCUAAUCUCUCUUUGCAUCACUGCCUCGCGCCGCCGGAGCAGCGGCAAGGGUAAACUACACCGGCCCGCCAGUGAGAUUACUCCCGUCGUAUCCAAGGAAAUCCAGGAGAUCGUCCGCGACUCCGCCGCCGCCGAUCAUCGUCCCAUUCUGCCUCCGGCCGUGCCGGAGAUACAGAUAGAUAUGGGGAAGGUGGAGCACAGAGUGGUGUUUUCUGAUAGGGGGGCAUCUAGCGGCGAAAGCAGAGCUACUAGUGGGGCUGAAACUGGAUCAUUUGGAGGUAGCGGGUCGUUGCCGGAGGUAUCCCAUUUGGGAUGGGGAAGGUGGUAUACUUUGAGAGAGCUUGAGGCGGCCUCUAAUGGCUUGUCAGAUGAGAAUGUGAUUGGUGAAGGUGGAUAUGGUAUUGUAUAUUAUGGCGUGUUGGCUGAUAACACCAGAGUCGCUAUAAAGAAUUUGUUGAACAACAGGGGUCAAGCUGAAAAAGAGUUCAAAGUGGAGGUGGAAGCAAUUGGACGUGUCAGACACAAGAAUCUCGUGAGAUUGCUCGGAUACUGUGUUGAAGGAGCUUACAGGAUGCUUGUCUAUGAAUACAUCGAUAACGGAAACUUGGACCAGUGGCUUCAUGGAGAUGUGGGGGAAGUCAGCCCUUUGACAUGGGAGAUCCGUAUGAAUAUAAUUAUAGGAACUGCAAAAGGCUUGGCUUAUCUCCACGAGGGUCUUGAACCGAAAGUUGUUCACCGUGACAUCAAGUCCAGUAACAUACUGCUAGACCACAAUUGGCACCCUAAGUUGUCGGAUUUUGGGCUUGCUAAACUUUUAAAUUCAGAAAGAUCUUACGUGACGACUCGAGUGAUGGGAACAUUUGGUUAUGUUGCUCCAGAAUAUGCUUGUACUGGUAUGCUGAAUGAGAAGAGUGAUAUCUAUAGCUUUGGUAUAUUAAUCAUGGAGAUCAUUACUGCACGAGCUCCUGUGGAUUAUAGUCGGCCACCGGGAGAGGUUAAUCUAAUUGAUUGGCUGAAGAUGAUGGUUGGGAACAGGAAAUCAGAGGAAGUAGUGGAUCCUAAGUUGCCCGAACGGCCCGCUUCAAAGGUGCUGAAACGUGUGAUCUUGGUAGCCCUUCGAUGCGUUGAUCCCGAUGCCCAGAAGAGGCCCAAAAUGGGUCAUGUAAUUCACAUGCUGGAGUCGGAGGACUUACUGUCCCGCGACGAAAGAAGAAUUGCUCGUGACUCGUCAAGUUCCCUCCGAGAAGAACCAUCUGCAUCAAGAGUCGAUCAACAAACGAAGCAGUGAAGGUAUCUCUGAUGCUAGUGAAGGAGAUAGCAUUAGGAGCCAUAAGUUAACAGCUAGAUAGAUUUACAAUUCAAUAUCGAUGUUUUGUCAUUCAAAAAAUUUUCCUUCCCUAUUUAUUAUAUACCAUUUUGUCAUCAACUUCACUUGCAUUGAUCACAAUUGUUUUGCCAUUUAGUUGUCUCAAGUAUCAAUAGCCUUUGUAAAGUGAAUUGAAUCAUUCUUUACUCUUAUAGAAACUACAGUAAAUUGUUGUGGCCUUUCCUGGAGAUUAAAGAAGACCAGUUGUCACACAACAAUUUAUUUCAUUUUC